UGGAGUGACAGGUACAAUGAUUAGAUAUAGGACUUGUUGGAAUAGAGCGGGCGAGUUGUCGUGGCUUUGGUGGUCGCACACGAUCGCUCUUGUGGUGGUAUCAUGCGGCGUAUUGACGUUUGGCGCGGUCGUGCUCUCUCAAGAGCAUGCCGAAUCCAUGGUACACCUUUUGGUGCAUCGCUUCAUUGUCGGCUUGGAAGUCCAGUGACGUGUUGUCAACCUGGAGCAGCGACAUAUACGCGGCACCGCCAGCUUCCAACGUCCCCGUCGUCAUGCCCACGAUGUCUUUGACGUGUACGCUCUCGGUCUUUUUCAGCACCUGCAACCCUUCGUGCUUGGACAGAAGAAGGGUCAUCAUGUCGGGAGUGACGCGAAUGCGCCACUUGGCGAUCUUGACACCGCGGCUUUUCGUUUUGAUACGCUUCAUCACGAUUCCAUCGCUGCCGAGCUGGCGAACAAACUCGAUGUAUUCGGCUUCUUGAAUCUCCUCAUCUCGCAGAUUCUCGUAGCUGGUGUCGGGGCGUUGUGGUACUGGGACCUUUGGCAGUUGUUGAUAGUUUGGUGUUGCAUAUGCAAUUGCGGAAGGAGACGAUGUAGCCAUCUUCGCACCAAGCCUUUGACUGCGAGGAGACACCAUGCUGGCAGUUCGGACAGCCUUCAUGAGUGGCUGGGCGUCGUUGGGACUUGUCGACAGCGACGCAAUGAAGUCGUACCGCGAUGCGUCGGAAGGAUCGAUGUGGUUUUUAUCCGAAUCAUCCAUAUCGGCGUGUCCUGCCGCUCGUUGAUCACGCGAGUGAAUCGCUUGGGGAUGCGUAUGCGACGCAGCUUGGUACGGCAAGCCGUCUGCGGCACUAUCGAGUCGUCGCUUUGAUGUCCGCUUUCGACUUGACGACUUGACGUAAUUGGUUGUGCUCACAGGAACGACGAGUAUGAGGAUGAGGCAAAGACCAAUGGCCAGCGCAAACGAAAACGAGAUGAAGUGACACACACUCGUGCAUUCAAAGCUGGUGCCGUAGCCAUCAGCAAAGUCCAGAGUCAUUGUGACAGACGCGUUGGGAGCCACAACGGAAUGGAUUGUGUCGCUGUCGAGUUGCCGUGGGUUCUGUUCUGCAGACGUGCUGAGUGUGGUUGCGAUUCCGACAAACGAUGGUUGGUCGGCGAAGUUAAGCGGUGGUAAAUGUUUGCUCGAUUGUAAACGCCUGAAGAGAGCCUUUGUCGAGCCUGCACCAUGCAAUGCCAAGCUGAGCGCGACGAUGGUAAGAGCAUGACGACUCCUGCCACGACCCAUCGGCACGCGAAC